AUGGCUUCUUCUACACAGAUGAAGAAGGAGGCGGCAGAACUCCGCAAGGUUGCCAAACAAUCACGUCUCUCACAAAAAGAGGCAGCCGCAAAAGAACGCAAGCAGAAACAGAAACAACAACAACAAAAGGAUGGAGAAGAGAAUAAAGGGGAAAUGUCAUCUUCAGCGGGAUCAAAGUCUGGUGGGCGUAAAGGGGCGAUUAUUCUCCCUAGUGAAGUGCAAGAGAUGCGGCAGCGGUUGUUUGGUGAAAGUCCUUCACAAGCACAAGAAUCGCAGGCCAAUAAUAAUAAUAAUAAUAAGAAUAAUAAUAAUAAUGCGGCUGGAGGAAAGAAGGCCGUGAAAGGGGCAAAGCGACAACGUACAGUUUCUGCAACUUCUUCUUCUUCCUCCUCCUCAACACCCACAUCUUCUCGCCCACAGUUUGAACAGCCGCCGUACCGAUUGGAGGUUCAUCAUAAGAACAAACAAAUUCUUCUGGAUGUAACUUUACAUCACAUCCCCGCCGUUCAUGUGGACGUGAGUGAAACCACCGACACGAUGUUUGUAGUGGACACAAGCAAACACACAAAGAAGUACAGACUAGAACUGCCCAUUCCAGAGGGAAUGCGAAUUGAUGCAGAACAGGCAACGUGUGAACUGCAGUGUGAUACGGGGGUAUUGAAAUGUGUACUGCCGAUUAAAGGAGAUAUUCCCGCAUCUCUGCAGGAGGAACGGGCGAAAAUGUUGGAUGCCAUUCAGAAACAGAAAACCCUGCGAUUCCGCAUGGGUGCUGAUGGUGAGUUGAAGGUGCGUAGUCGCCGUUCACUGUUGGCAAAGAAUGAAAGAGAACAGGCAGCCAUCAGAGCCGCAGCCACCGCAGAGAAGAAAAAGGCGCAAGAAGAAGAAGAAGAAGAUGCGCAGGAUGUUCAAGAGAAAAAGAAGAAAAAGAAGCAAGAUGGUAAGAAGGGAUCUACUACGAGUAAUGAUAAUGAUAAUGAUAAUAAUGGUAAUAAUGAGAUGCUGGAGGCUCGGGAUACUGUAGAGGAUGGAAAGCCGAACAAAUCCCAUACCAACAACAAAAAGGAAAAGACAAAGAGACGUAAAGGCGAUGAGGAAGAAGAGGAAGAUAAGAAUGAUAGAACACAACCUGCGAAGAAAACUGCUAGAAAGGAAACUCCCUCAACAACACGCGGGAAGGAGUCAACUGUAGGAAAUUUACAAGAAAACACGAGUAGAACACUGCAACAACAACAACAACAACAAAAUAAGCAAAAGAAGACUCCAAGCAAAGUAUUUGAAGAAGAACAGAAGCGGGCCAUGGCGAUCGCCAAGUCUGCUGGAAAGGCUGCACAGUCUACACUUCGUGAACGCAUUGCGCAAGCAAAGAUAUUACAGAAGAAAAUGCAAGAGCGACUCACUGUUCGUAGUUUACGCCGUGAUACACGGUCAGAGAAAAAACAAGAUUCAUUUAUUCGAGUAUUGGAGGAACAGAAGCGACAGUUGUUGGCACGAGCAGAGUUGAACGCCUCCAUUGCAGAGGCAGAGAAAAAGACAGCAGGUAGAAGGAGUACAGGAAAGACUGUUACCUUUGUCGCCGCAGAGGAACAAUAG